AUGUCGCUAGUGGCGCCCCAUAGAGUGCAGCUAGACUGGCCUCAUGCUAUAACAUGGGAACAAGAGCCGGCGUGCGAGAGAGAGACGUCGUUCAAGCAGGAGGCGCCACACCAAUCAAAUAGAUCAGAAUCUACAUCAUCAUCAGCGGACACAGAUUCCCAGGGUUCGGAAUCGGCCGCCGCGCCAGUACAGCGAGCGAAGAGACAUGAACCACAGAGGGAGGUGCGUCGCCAAGAAGCGGCCAGCGCACCGCGUGUACAACCCAAUCCUUUAUUGAGGUCCCGAACUCUCCCAAACUUCGGAGGGCGCGCGUCCCGCGAGGCGUCCCGCUGCGACACUUCGCGUCGCGCGCACCACAUCACCAUGGCGUCCGAGGACCUGCUGCAGCCGGGACACGUGGUUAAGGAGCGAUGGAAGGUGGUGAAAAAAAUCGGCGGCGGAGGCUUCGGUGAGAUCUACGAGGGUCUAGACCUGGUGACGCAAGAGCAGGUGGCCCUGAAGGUGGAGUCUGCGCGCCAGCCCAAACAGGUUCUCAAAAUGGAGGUGGCUGUGCUGAAGAAACUUCAAGGCAAGGAGCACGUGUGCCGGUUCAUCGGCUGCGGGCGCAACGCCCGGUUCAACUACGUGGUGAUGCAGCUGCAGGGCAGGAACCUCGCCGAGCUGCGCCGCGCACAGCCGCGCGGCGCCUUCUCGCUCUCCACCACGCUCAGAUUAGGAUUGCAAAUCCUCAAAGCGAUAGACUCUAUACACUCAGUGGGAUUUCUGCACAGAGACAUCAAACCUAGCAACUUCAGCAUAGGCCGUCAUCCUGUCAACUGUCGCAAGGUCUACAUGUUAGACUUCGGGCUCGCGCGCCAGUACACCACCAGCAACGGACAGGUGCGACCGCCCAGGGCCGCCGCCGGCUUCAGAGGCACCGUUCGUUACGCGUCGAUCAACGCUCACAAAAAUAAGGAAAUGGGCCGUCACGACGAUCUCUGGUCUCUCUUCUACAUGCUGGUGGAGUUCGUCAACGGGCAGCUGCCUUGGAGGAAGAUAAAAGACAAGGAACAAGUUGGCCUCAUGAAGGAGAAAUACGACCAUCGUCUGCUGCUGAAACAUUUGCCUUCCGAGCUACGCCAGUUCCUAGAACACGUUCAGCAGCUGGAAUACGCAGACACGCCGGACUACGCGAUGCUCACCUCUCUUCUGGAGAGGUGCUGCAAGAGAAGGGGUAUACGGGACACCGACCCUUACGAUUGGGAGAAGGAUGCCAUCGCGUCCCGCACGCGGCCCACAGCGCACCCCGCGCCCGACCACGCCGUGCAGCUCGACAGCGUCCCCGACCAUCCGCGCCGGCGGCUGGAGACGGAGGCCACGACGGCGGCGGUGGGCACGGACACGACGGGCGCGCUGGGCGGGGCGGGGGCGGGGGCGGGCGGGGUGGCGGGGGCGGGCGCCACGGCCGCGCCCUCGCUCCCGCGCGACCGCGCCCCCGACAAGCGCGCGCACCCCGCCUCGCCCCGACACGCCGCGCAGCAUCUCAACGGAUAUUCCGCCACAGACAAACCGACCACGGACAAAGAGGCUGAGGCCAGAACUACGCCGGCACCGUCACCAGACAGACAUGCUAAGGAAACCAGCAACUCAGCCUUGACGGGCACAGCCACGAGGCCGGAGAGACAGAGCGUGCCUCCUUGCAAGCCGCGACCGCCAGCACCCGGUGGCGGCCCAACGUUGGCGCGGCUGCGGGUGGUGACAGCGCCACCCACGUGCGUGCAGGAGCUCGCCUCCGCCUCGCCCGCGACACCAGGUGAUGCGGUGAGUCCCAGGAUAGUAGCUGACGUGGACAGCGUACAUUCGGACACACACUUCAAACGAGGUGGCAGAAGAGGAGGCCGCGCUCGAGCUGAUCAGAGCUACACGCAGUUCGCCGUCAUGGAUGAUGAGAACGUGUCUGCCUUGCAACAGGUGACGAAAGGCGGCGCGCUAACUUUAGUCUCUCUAUGGAAGUCUCAGUUCGAUGAUUCAGAGGAGACCACAGAUAACGAAUGGAAACAGGAACAGUUGCAGUCGCCGGAGCACCGCGGCGGUGGUGGUGGUGGUGGCGGGGCCCGCGCGACCAGCGCGCUGUCGUCGUGCAGCCACGGCGCGCGCACGCAGCUGCACACGACGCACUCCACCACGCACCACACGCAGCACACCGUGCAGCACCACGCGCAGCCGCACCACAGCCCGCACUCCGCGCCCACCGCGCACGCGCACCACUCCGCGCGGGACCAGCGCCACCAACCCCACCAGACCCACCAGCCCGCACUCAACGCACAACAGUCCCUACAACAACAGCCCACAGAAAAGGUGUCCCCCCCAGCGACGGUCCCACCGCCCUCGGUUAUCGUUGCACCCUCCGCCCCCUGUGCUCCCUCCGCCCCCUCCGCCCCCUCCGCGGCCCGGGUGUCCCGCCAGCUGUCGGAGCCGGCGCGGCGCGCUCCGCCCCGCCGCAAGCAGACGUGCCUGAACAUCCCGGGGAUCGACGCCUUCCCCAAGCUGCAGCCCACCCUGCCCAGGUGUUGGUCGCUGCCGGCCAUCGGGUCCCGCGUCCGCUCGCUCCGCGCGCCGCUGCUGCAGCAGGCCUCGUUCGACGGCAGCGACGGCUCGGCGCUGCGCUACCGCCUCGACGUCAUGCGCGGGGUGGCCGCCAGGCACGACGCCUCGCCCCCGCCUCCCCCCCACAGGGCUCACAGCCUGCCGAGUGUAUCAAGUUCCUCGAGCAGCGCGCCCCGCCCGCCUGAACCAGUACCUCCUGCGCCCCCCGCGCCGGAGGAGGGGGAGGCGCGCGCCGAGCCUGAAGGGCCCACUGUCUCCAGUAGGCUCGAGAUCGUCGUCAGGCCUCCAGACUCUACCUCGCCUGGACACUCCGUGAAGAUCCAGUCGGUGGUGAGCGGGGAGGUCAGGGUCAAUCACGACGACGCCUCCAUAUACUACGACGCCACGGAGCACCACCGGGACAAGAGGUCUUCAACUCGGAGUGGGGAGAAGAGCCAAAGUCCAGCUGUGGAAAGGACAAGACUGGACGCUAUACCUGACAGAGCAACGAUGAUGUUCAGGAAGGAGGUGGUGAGCGCAGCCGGAGACAGCUCACAAAGUUUAAGAGACCGCUCGACGGGCAGCGCGAGCACGUCGCGCAUCCCCGUGGCGUGCGGCGCCGAGCAGCGCCUGGCCAAGUGCGCCUCGUGGAGCGGCGACGGGCCCCUCGCGGACCUCACGCCCGCGUUGCGGAGACGUCGACAAAACGCCAACGACAAAUACGCAGUGGACCCCACCCGGGAACUGAAUCUCCGGUUCGCGAGACCCCGACACCGCCAACCGGCACACCAUCACUCCAGGUUACCUAACACACUGACAACUUAA